UAGCUAUGUGAAGUUGUUAGUAUCUCAUCAUAUAUUUGGAAAGGAUGAAGCUUUGGAAAAGUUUCUUACAGAAAAGGAGCCUCCUCCAAGAGCUAAGGUGAAAAAGGGAAUUUUUUCAUGGUUAUCAGACUCCAUAGAAAGCAGAAAAAGUAGCCAUAAGGACUGCGAGGAGUACUUUCAGAAGGAGAGAGAUUGGGCUAAUCAGUAUUCUGCUUAUAUGAAGGAAGCUAGUCAGGCUUUUAAUGGAAUUAUUUAUGCUCAACAAAGGCUAAGUGGGGUGCUAGGACACCUCGCCACAGCACUCACUCUUAGUACAGGGAGCAACGAUGAAAUAAAUAAAUUGACCCACAGGCUGUGUACUAAGUUUUCUGAAUGUCUGGAAGAAGUUAAGAAUGGCUUGGAAGAGAUAUCUUAUAGUGAUGAUAGCACACUUGGCGACUAUUUUGAACUGUAUACUAGGUACUUGGAAGCAGAAAAGGAGAUGUUGUUUCGACGAACUUGUCUUCUAGUCGCCUAUGAAAAUUCAAACAAGGCCUUGGAUAAAGCAAAGCCCAACAAAAGAGAAGCAGCAGAAGAGGCCAAACUAUCGGCAGAAAAAGCAUUUGAAGAAUGUACCGACAUUGCUCGGCAAGAGAUGAAAUUCUUUCAUCGCCAGAGGGCUGCUAUCUUUCAGGAUAGGCUAGUGAGAUUUACUGAAGAGCAGGUGAGGUGUAGGAAAGACCUGUGUACAGCACUGGCAAAAUAUCUGACUAACCUGAAGGAAUUCCAAGCUCCUUGUUCAGAAGAGUAGGAUACUUGUCUCAGCAAAGGGUUCUGUUCACAGAAGACUGUACACUUUCCAACCAGCUGUGUUCAUAUUAGGAUUGAAAAAAAAAAUCAAGAUCUCCAUCCUGCUCCCAUAGGACUGGGUAGUUUUAUACAUCAUUACUCAAUGUUGGUCACAUAUUUUAAUCACCCCAAAAACUUUUUAUCCAUUAUUUGUGUAACUAUGAACACAUGAAGAGAUAUUUAUAAUGUUGGAACACUUUUUUAACAUGCAGUUUGUGUUCUUAUUUUCUAAACUGUAUGUAAAAAUGUAGCAAAACUUUUGUUUUGUUAGACCAAGGAAACGAUAAAAUUGAAGCAUUUUCUUUGCAUAAAAUCCAGAGAGUCUGGAAAUGUAACUGACCAUUGAGAUUACUGACAUUCACUGUAAAAAACUACCUUAACCAAAAAGUUAAACAUCAGUUGUUAUCUUCAUCAGGGGCAAUAGAGAUCACGUGUGUGUCUGUUGGAAUUAAACAGAUUAUCUAAAACUGAGAAAUAUUAUCAGUGCUACGAAAAUGACCUAACUGCAAACAUGUUUUGAUAACUAUCGAAUUAAGUCAGUAAAGUGAUUACUAGUAUAACAGUAUUAUGUGGUCAUCAACUUUUUUUUUUGACAACCUACUUUGAUUAGUAUAGCAAGUUUUUUUAUAUGUCUGAUGAAGAUAACAGCUGAUGCCCGAAUAUAACAGAAGUUGUUUGUAAUUAGUUACGAGUUUUAAGGUUUGCUCUUUUAUUUUUUUCUUUACUUUACCUUUAAAAACUUGAAGAUGAGUGUGUUCAGUACAGUUUGUGUUGAGUACGCUAAACAAAAUCAAAACACACUUUCAUCCAGGUAGAAAUUUAAAUACCUUAUUUUUUUGCAUUUAAGUAAACUAGAGGCUUAUUGGUAGGAUAAGGCAUUAAUUGUUGUUUUGUUUUGUUUUUACCUUGAGCUUAAAAAGCAUAUGAAUAAUCAAGUCAUUCCAAAAAAAAUAGUGCUUAUAAAAGUCAGAUGUUCUGGCUGAUUUGUUUGUGUCGCAUUAAUAAUUCAUUCCAUUUAUUUAUCUAUUAUUAUAAUGUCUACAUGGACAACCAU